UCCUAUGAUAAAUCUCUCUGGUACGUGUUUGAAUACUCACUUUUGGCUGCUGAAAAUCGUUGGUCCACUCAGGUAGUGUGGAAGCUCAUGAGCAGAAGCCUGCUAUACUCGUUGAUUGUUUGGUAACUGGUCGUGAUGGCAGAGACAAGGCUUCGUCCAUUACCGUCGGAGACCAACCUUUUGGCAAUAACUUACACCUCGGAACAGCUUGAAAUCACCGGUAGCAUAUAACUUUUGCCACUCUUAACGGCACCGAUGGAGCACAAGUUUCCGGACCAUUCAUGACACAACUCACGCAAGCUAACGUCGUAAUCAUUGACAUUGCGAUUAACUUCUAUGGCAAGGGAUAGUCCAAGAGUAGUUAGUGUCUUCCACCUCCAAGCGAUAUGAAAGGAGCUAGCAUUCCUGUGGCAUAUAUAAUCCGACUGUACCACUUUAUCAUUCUAGCAAGCCCAUCACCUUCUACCAUAAUCAUGUCGCCUCAACAAGGGACCGCACUCAUCACAGGAUCUGCUCAGGGCAUCGGUCGCAGUAUCGCUCUGCGGCUUGCGAGGGAUGGCUUCGACAUUGCCUUGAACGACCUCCCUAUGAAAAGUGACCAACUGGCUGCUGUCGCUAGUGAAAUCGAGGCAUUGGGAUGCAAAGCGUGUAUCGUGACCGCGGAUGUGACAAAUGAGGAGGAAGUCAAGAAUAUGAUCAACGACACCGUAAAAGAGCUGGGUGGAUUGGAUGUGAUGGUCGCCAAUGCUGGUAUUCCAGGAGCCAACACUGUUUUGGCAACCACUGUUGAAGACUGGGAGCGUACAUUCACCGUUAACGCCCGCGGAGUCUUCCUGUGCUAUAAACACGCCGCAGUACAGAUGAUAUCUCAAGGCCGCGGCGGUAGGAUCAUUGGCGCAAGUUCCAUCGCCGGAAAGAUCGGAUUUCCAUCAGCUGCUGCAUACUGCGCUAGCAAGUUCGCUGUCCGCGGAUUGACGCAGACGGCUGCUCUUGAGCUUGGAAAAUAUAAUAUUACAGUCAAUGCCUAUGCGCCGGGUGUCAUACAAACCCAGAUACUGGAUAGCAUUUCUGACCAAUCAGGAAAUGUCAGCCUGGCAGACGAAGAUUCGACGAAUUACCUUGCUCAGCUAAUCGGGAACCGGCCGAUCAAACAUAAUGGUCAACCAGAGGAUAUUGCAAGCAUUGUCAGUUAUUUGGCAUCAAAAGAGGCGCAUUUCAUUACAGGGCAAUGCAUUUCUGUUGACGGAGGUGUCGUUUUAUCUUAGCAAGCCAGACGUCUUCCGAAUACAAUGUACUAAAAGAAGAAACAAAUGUGUCUUCAAGAGGUCCUCGCUCGAGAAAUACCGGGUUACCGGUUAGGUUGACCGCCGUUUGGUUCAAACCGAAGUCCAAGUAUCACGUAUCAUACCAAUUUCGUACAUUUCAUUCUGUUAUAAAGUUCUGCUGAUGUGCCGCAGUCACGUUAGUAUUUU